UACCUUGGUAUAUAUAGUCAGUGAGGCUAUCAGAGUUCUCCUGGCAGCCAUCAUGAAGGGUAUAGUCUCAAUCUGCUGCUUCUUCAGCCUGCUUGUCCUGGCCUUAGCAGAGGAGGAGGUGGAGGAUGUCCUGAGCCACAUCCUGAGAGACAGAUCACACAUCGACGAGACACUGAGGCUGGCCUCUGAGGAGAACGCAGCAGAACACUAUCAUGGGUUCAAAUACUUUGACUCUUGGGGGUGCCCAAUACCACACUUAAAAUAUAUAGACUCUUGGGGUUGCCCGAAGCCACUUGGGGCUGCUAUUCAGAAGUUACGUAAGAUCUACCACUCAGCCAUCAAGCCCAUGGAACAGGCCUAUAAGUACAACGAGCUCAGAGCACAUGAGAUCUCAGGCGGACGAACACUGGGGGAUGGGAACACAGAUGGGGAGAUCACCUCCAAGCCCAUGGUGUUGUUCCUUGGGCCCUGGAGUGUAGGCAAGUCCUCCAUGAUCAACUACCUGCUUGGCCUGAAGGACAGCCCCUACCAGCUGUACACAGGUGCUGAGCCCACUACCUCUGAGUUCACUGUGAUCAUGCACGGCGAGAAGACCCGCUCCAUAGAGGGUAUCGUCAUGGCGGCCGACAGCUCGCGCUCCUUCUCGCCCCUGGAGAAGUUUGGGCAGAGCUUUCUUGAGAAGCUGAUUGGCAUUGAGAUGCCCCACAAGCUGCUGGAGCGCGUGACCUUCGUGGACACGCCUGGAAUCAUUGAGAACCGCAAGCAGCAGGAGAGAGGCUAUCCCUUCAACGAUGUGUGCCAGUGGUUCAUCGAUCGUGCCGACCUCAUCUUUGUGACCUUUGACCCCACCAAGCUGGACGUGGGCCUGGAGCUGGAGAUGCUCUUCCGCCAGCUGAAGGGCCGUGAGUCCCAGAUCCGCAUCAUCCUCAACAAGGCAGACAACCUGGCCACCCAGGACUUGAUGCGUGUCUAUGGUGCCCUCUUCUGGUCGCUAGCACCCCUCAUCAACGUCACAGAGCCCCCAAGGGUCUACGUCAGCUCUUUCUGGCCUUUCGACUACGCACCCGACACCAGUCGCGAGCUGUUUAAGCGUGAGGAGAUCUCCCUCUUGGAAGACCUCAACCAGGUGAUCGAGAACCGCAUGGAGAACAAGAUCGCCUUCAUCCGCCAGCAUGCCAUCCGGGUGCGCAUCCAUGCACUUCUGGUGGACCGCUACGUUCAGACCUUCAAGGACAAGAUGAGCUACUUCAGUGACCCAGACCUGGUGUUCAAGGAGAUCGUGGACGACCCGGACAAGUUCUUCAUCUUCAAGUCCAUCCUGGCCAAGACCAACGUGAGCAAGUUCGACCUGCCCAACCGUGAAGCCUACCAGGACUUCUUCGGUGUGAAUCCGAUUGGCAGUUUCAAGUCCCUGUCCGCCCAGUGCUCCUACUCAGGCGGCUGCCUGCUGGACAAGAUCGAGAAGGCCAUCACCAGUGAGCUGCCAGGUCUUCUAAGCAGCAUCAACCCAGGCAAGGCCCCCCCCGGCCUGUCCUCCUGCGAGGCCACUGGAUGCGGAGACAAGCCUAAGAACCGCUAUCGGAAAAACUGACAGAAUACGAGAGAAAGGAGGAGGGAAGAGAAGAGAAAAAAGGAAGAAGAGGAGGUGUGAAGGAGUGAUAAAGGAAAAAGCGGAACGGUGACAUUGGUCAGACCCCUGAUCUUGUCAGACCCCUGGUCUUGUCAGACCCCGGUCUUGUCAGAAGCCUGUAAUGUUGUUGUUUGAGGAGACAGAGAAGGGUAGGGUUCAUUUAGAGGGUUGUUUCUCAGGAGAACAAGAGGUGGUGGUGUGUUGAGGGUUUGGGGAGAGGAAGAGAUGGAGGGAGGAAGGGUUUGUGUGUAUGAUUUGGCAGCUGAGAAUAAUAGUUGCUUGGAGAGAUGAGAAGAUUACAGAAUAACUCAUCUCCCUCCUCUCUUCCUUGCACAACCACAAUGAACUGUCUGUGAUUGCAGGAAAAAUAUGUAAAAUUGUAUAAAAAAAAAUAUUUGUGAGACUGAAACAGUCAACCACCAGCUCCCUUGUAUGUGAAUAAAAUGGGAAAUUGGAAACAGGAGUUGCCAAUUUGUUUUACAAAAUCUUAUUUGAAAAAAUGCAUUGCAGCAGGUCUCAAUUCUCUGCGACGUUCUUUGUCUUUCUUUUUGAAGUCUGGGUUCAGUCCUUUCCACAGACAUUAGAUCUGGAUCUUUUUUCUCCCCUAUGAAGGCAUUAUAAGCUCAGCCUUUAGGUGUAAUAACACUGUCAAGAUAUCUUUUAACACUGCAUGUUAGAUGACAGGUGGUAUUUAUUUAAUAACAGAUGAUAUCAUAGGUGCAUGUAUUUACCUUUCUCACUUUGAACUUUCAAUAAUGUUCCCUUAAACAACUGACAAACCUUAUGGUGCAGUCCCAACAAACUCUAUGUACGGUGCAGUAAGAUGGUCCACUCUCUUGGCCAUCUUUGUUUUAUAUGCUUCUUCUCACUCUCAGGUUGUUGACAGCCUGUGAUAUGAGCAGAGACGAAAGAGGAAGCAAGACAUCCUACUCCCUUAUUUUUUCUGGUUCAUAUGCAGUCCAUGAACUAAGUAGACCAGACCCAGCUGUUAUCACAUUGGUGUCUAUGGGAGAACACCCCUUAAGCAGACCGGAACUGUGACCAUUUUUUUCAAUGGUAAAAGGCCCGAGUGGGACAUCUUCAUUUAUCCACCAUCUUUGAUAUGAGCAGUGUCUUGAAUGCAGAUGACAGGGUCAUGAUCUUCACAUCCUAUUGGUGGUAGGGUGGGGUGAUGGGUGGGGGUUUGGGUGUACUCUGAUUCACUUCUUAACUAUGCUUACUUUGCUGUUGUUGUUUGAGUAUAUACAUUUGCUGGCUUAGUUGCCAGGUCUGUUUGUGCUUUAGCCCUUCUAUCAUAUCGCAUGACAAAGUACAAACAGAGAAGAGUUGGCUAAAGCACAAACAAGUCUGGCAACCCAUCCAUGAAUCUUCCAUUGUCUGAUAGGAAUUCAAUAUUGUAUUUCAAAGUUCUUUCUCCUUUAAAAUGAUACGCUUGCCAGCUUUUUAGCUGAAUGACCAACAGGAUAUAAAAGGGAAACAGGUUACACGAAUGAUGGAGAACCUUCUCAUGGUGUGACAGUAAAUAAACCAAAUGAUGUGUGUUUGAGUGUGACAUGUAUGUCUUUAUCCAUUUCUUCUGCAGGUUAGCGAGCCAUUUACAGGUCUUGUAAUAAUUAUGUAUCUUUCAACCCCAAUGUACAUAGUUCAACAUAGGUCAUUGAUUACACGAGUAGCCAAUCAUUACAAAACAUAGAUUGUUACACAGUUAUAUAUUUAUUACACAGUAUAAUGACACAUUGCAACACACAAAAACUAGUGCCAAGAGGUUGUAUUGGGUUUUCUGAGAAAGAUUGUUGAGUAACUCCCUCUCAGAGGAUGCAUCCUUUAGUUCAAGUUUAAUUUAUUGCCUUCAUGCGCUCUAGAACAGCAGAACUUCCUCUGCUCUUUAGGGAGAGGUAAAGAAGAGAAGUAGAAGGGAGGAGUGAACAGAUUCAUUACUAUUGGUAGCCCUUUGACCCCUGACCUCUGUGAGAGUUGAGGGCUAUGGGUAGAAGUCACCCAAAGGCUCAGAUCUAGGAUCAGCUUACCCUCACCUAACCUUAACCAUCAGGGGGAAGAAUGCAACACUGACCUCAGAUCAGGGUCUAGGUGCACCUUCAUCCUACUCUAAGCUGAGGCUGCUGAGCUGAACUCCAGACCUGAGGUCACUCCUCUCCUGCUACAGCCAGGUGGGGAUCAACUGGGGUCUAUUCAGUGAUGUGAAACAUUCUAAAUGUUGUUGAUUGAAGUAGAAUGAAUAGAGCUGACAUGAUUCCCUGUUCUAUCUGACAGGCAAUCAGAUUUGUUCUACUCAAAACAUUUCUAUCAGAUUUGUUCUACUCAAAACAUUUCUAUCUGAAUGUUCUGCAACAUUACAUCCUCUUGAACAGGCCUCUGAUGCUGCAUGGGAGGUGCAUGGCUCACGAACAACAUUAGAAUGAGUAAUUGGUGUCCUCAACUCUAUAGUUUGUAGUAGCAAUAAUCAUUUGGGGUGCCGGGUUCAAAAGGCAAAAUACACUGGACAAAAGGAAAAAUCUGGGAGUUUGAAUGUAUUUUUUUAGCAGCAGAGCGUUUUGGCAACAGCCUUCGUCUGAACAAUAUUAUUUUAUUCUCCACUAACAUUAGACGUCCAAUCCCUUCUGUUAACAAACUAGUCACUUAUCCUCACCCCGUCUUCCUAACCUUCACUAACUAUUGUUGAUCAACAGGCCCUACAAUGUUUUAUUGCAAAAAGGGAAAAAAGGAAGAAAUAAAUCUGUGAGAAUUUUCCUGCAGUAAUAAAAAAUGGAUUCCCCUAAAUAAAGCAUGUGUACAAUACUGUGCCUCUGUCA